AUGUCGGGAGGAAGCAAGGCCGGUCCUGAAGAGGUUGAGACGGGAGGGGACGUGCCGGCAAGGUUAAGUGGGAUGGAGUUCCCCGUUUGUCCCCAAAGUGGCAGGCCGACGCACGUUGUCAACUUUGGAGAACGAAAGGAAUCCGUCCGCAGACCGCCCGGCGAAUCAGCAGCGGGGAAUGGCAUCCAGGAGUGGAGAAGAAAUCAAGAGGCCACGCGUACCCAGACAGACCCCUAG